AUGGCUCUAAAGAGAGAAACAGAGAGGGGGGAGGUGACGGCAACAGUAACGGCAACGGCAAUGGUGACGGAGACGGAGACAUUGACAACAGAUACGGGGAUGGAGACACCUCUUGACGUUCUCUAUAGAAACACGCAGGCCUUACAUGUGGGGGAUGUUCAUCGGUUCAUAAUCACCUACACUCCAACGGACAUCACCAAAGAAUUGGGAUCACAUCUUUACAUCAAAAUAAAGAAUACGGAAAACGUUCUCAUGAAUUCGGCCCUCUUGACAGGCCCAUAUAUGCUCUACUGUGAUAUACGCUCGCAGGAAUACACCCAUAAGAAGAAAUGUUUUGUUUCGGAUGAUCAACCUGUCUACGAUCCAAAUAUCAUCCCGGGGAACUCCUUGGUCCAUAGACUGACACUCAACAGAUUGAAGGAUAAGUAUACAUGGUACGUGGAUGUUAUAUCUCAGAUUGUAUUCAGCACCUCAGCAGAGAUCAACUUUGAGAUAGUCAUUGCUAAAUCAGAGGCUGCCCUCUCGAGCUCCUCCGUGAACCACCUGAAAAACUCAAAUUAUUAUCCACAAUGUUUACACAUACAACACCUAACAACAUUGGAUAUAUGGAACAAACCUCCUCAAUCUUCUACGGAUCCCAUCCAUUUGGUCAUACUGACCCAUGGAUUACACUCCAAUACUUCUGCCGAUUUGUUCUAUAUGAAGGAACAGAUUGAAGAAAUGGCUUCAAGUACCGGUGAAAAUAUCGUCAUACGAGGAUAUUUUGGAAACGUUUGCAAAACAGAACGGGGGAUAAAGUACCUUGGUAGAAGAUUGGCCGAAUUUGUUGUCAAUGAGUCAUUAAAAGGGCUAGAUGUAUCCAAAGUUAAAAAGGUUUCGUUUAUUGCGCAUUCAUUGGGUGGGCCCGUUCAAACGUUUGCAAUUUCCUACAUUAACUACAACUAUCCUGAGUUUUUCCAAAAUAUUGCCCCGGAGAAUUUCAUUACACUGGCUUCCCCGCUAUUGGGAAUCUCAAACGAAAAUCCCGCUUAUGUCAAGGUGUUUUUGAAGUUCGGUAUCGUGGGCAAAACUGGUCAGGAUUUGAACUUGGAUGGUGCUGAGCCCUUACUGCUCUUGCUACCCUCAGAACCAACAAGGAAGAUCUUGAAACGCUUCAAGAGAAGAACAGUGUAUGCUAAUGUUUUGAAUGAUGGUAUUGUACCAUUGAGGACGAGUGCUCUGUUAUACCUUGACUGGAAGGCUUUAACAAAAAUUUACGAAACUCUACAUAAUGGGGAUAGCUCCAAUAUGAAGAGAAACGAUAUGAAUGAAACAGGUGAAAUUCCAGUGGAGAUGAACAAGGAAAUGGAUAACGCUGAAAAUAUUGAAGUUGGUACCAACUUGGCAUCUUCAAUCAAAUCCAAGUUUCAAUCAACACUUGGGUUUUGUUUCCCCAACAUGCAAGCCUCCAAAACAACUCAAAAGUACAACUAUUUCCAAACAACAGAAGACACCGUGCCAGAAAAUGACAAUGGCCGAUUAGAUCUAACCCGGGAAUCGAUGACGCCAAUUCCAAGAUCCUCUGUACUGUCUUCUCUUAGAAAAGUUUUGCUGCCUCCAUCUCCCUCUCCUAAGUAUAUCAACGACCCUAAGAGCCGUGAUAAUGUCAUACUCCAUGAUAAGAUUUACACUCCCGAUAUGAUCCCGAAAUCUCAUACGGUAUUAUCCAAAAAUGUGAUUAUAUCACAUUUAACACAGAAUAAAAGGCACCGAUUUUUUGAGGAAAAAAUCGCCAGGAGAUGGCAUCAAGGAAUGACCUGGAAAAAGGUUUUAGUCAACUUACAGCCCGAUGCACAUAAUAAUAUGAUUGUCCGAAGAAGAUUUGCAAAUGCAUACGGAUGGGGGGUUAUCGACCAUUUGGUUGAAACCCAUUUCAGCAACGAUUGUUUCAAGGGGGCGGAUCUAGAACAAUGGGAGUACAAGAAAAAAAUAGAUGACAACAUCGAGUUGGACGAAGCAGAACUCAAGCACCUGAAUUCCCAACUUGGCAAGGUCAUAGACCGUGAAUACCUCAAGCAAAAUACAGUCCAUACACCAUGCAGACUAAAGAAAAUCUUCUCAGAUUCUUCAUCUCCAUCUCCCUCCGAUCCCGACUGUAAAGCCAGACAUAACGAAGAUAAAGAGGUUACUCGCACAAAGGGGUCUGAGUUAUCACAGCAUUAUAAGGACACCCCCAAUGGAGAAGUAAAUGAGCAUGAAGCCGUCUCAGUAUAUUCUGGUACUUCGUCUGCAAUUAACGAUGGUGCUUGGUUGAACGAAACGGAAAGCGGUUACUAUGAUGGACCUACUGGCAUGAUCAAUACAGUAAACGAGUGGAAGGAUAAUAUGUUAUAUCCUAAAAGCAAUGGACGUGGCACAGACAGUAAAAAUGCAGUUCCACCAGCCAUCGAAAGGAAUGAAUGUAGCACAUAUUUUUUCGAAAAUGUGUAA